AUGAAGGGGAGCAGCACACUCCUGCUGGUGGUCCUCACCUUGUCCUUCAUCUGCGGGCUGACGACAGGGGAGGACAGCAGUGAGUUUUUCAUGGACUUCCUGCAAACCCUGCUGGUGGGAACCGCGGAGGAGCUCUAUGAGGGGCCCCUGGGCAAGUACAAUGUCAACGAGGAUGCCAAAGAAGCACUGACAGAGCUCAAGUCCUGCAUUGACAACCUACAGCCCAUGCACAAGGCGGAGCUGGUCAAGCUACUGGUACAAGUGCUGGGCAGCCAGGAUGACGCCUAA